AUGGUUGAGGCAGAGGCACACAAGGAAUCAGAGGCAGCGGCGCAGCAGAAGGAGGAGGGUGCGGGGCCGAAGAUGGUUGAGGCAGAGGCGCAUAAGGAAUCAGAGGCAGCGGUGCAGCAGAAGGAGGAGGGUGCGGCGCGGAAGAUGGUUGAGGCAGAGGCGCACAAGGAAUCAGAGGCAGCGGCGAGGCAGAAGGAUAAGGCAGCGGCGCUGCAUAUGGAGGAGGCAGACGCACAUAAGGAGGGAGAGGCGCAGAAUAAGGCAGAAGCAGCGGCGCGGCAGAAGGUGGAGGCAGAGGAGCAAAAACAGGCUGCGGAAGAGGCGAUACAACUGGCUCGGGCAGAAGUGCGGAAGAAGGCUGUUGUAGAGGCGCGGCAGAAGGCGGACGGUGAGGCGCAGAAGAUGGCAGAGGCCGAGGAGCAGAAGCAGGCUGAGGCAGACGCACGUAGGAAGCCAGAUGGAGAGGAGGGUUCAGAUGGGAAUAAAAUGAUACAAACAGAGGGACGGGAGACGGCGGGUGCUGAGGGGCACAUCAUUGCAGAGGAAGAGGGCCAGCAUGACGAGGAGGCAGCGUCGCAGGUAUUCGCAUACCGAGAGACGCAGAGCAUGGCAGAGACAGAGCGUCAAAAUACUAUGGAGGAGGUUCGUGUGGUCCCGGAGGCUAGAGUGGGGCACUACGAGGGAGAUGCGCUGAAAACAGAAGAGGAGCAGAAUGAGGAGGAUAUGGUGCAUCCGGCAGUCCGGAUAUUUUUGGGAGGAAGUCCGACGCGGGGACCAGGAACUGGGGUAGAGGGGCCAUGGAGGGUGGCAGACGAUGGGGCGCCUAGGGAUACAGUGGAUCUCAACAGGCAGAGGCGGCCUACCCUUCACCAGAGAGCAUUGGAGAGGAAUCUCAGCCAAGGCGGGGUGGCAGAAGCGUUUUGGCAGGUAGAGUGGGUCGAGGCAGAGACGGCAAUAUGGCGGAUGUUGCAGCGUACGAGUACAGUCCUGGUCGAACAAGGACGAGGAGUGGAGGCAGAAGGCCACGAGGAAGGAAGCAGACGCGCAGAGAGACGGAAGAAGGAACGACAGCAGGAGGAAGAGCGUCGGCAGAAGGAGAUGAGAGAGGGAAUGAAGGAGAUGAAGGAGGCGAUGAUGAAGGAGAUGAAGGCAGAAAUGAAGGAGAUGAAGGAUGGGAUGGUAAACCAGAUUGUGGGGAGGUUGAGCGCGGUUUUGAGAGAAGAAUCCGAGCGGCAGAAGAAGGCGAGGCAAGAGGACGCAGAGCGGCGACAACAACAGGACGCGAAGAGGAAACAAGUGGCGGACGACGAGGAGAGACAGAAGAAGAAACAACUGGACGAGCAAUGGCGGAAGGAGGAGGAGGAGAAGAGGAAGGAUGUAGAGGCCACAGAGCGGUGGAGGAAGAAGAAACAUCAGGAGGAAGAGCGACGGCAGAAGGAGGUGGAGGCGGGAAUGAAGGAAGUGAUGGAGGCUGUGAAGGAGAUGAAGACGGGGAUGAAGGGGUGGAAGGAAGGGAUGCUAAGUGAGGUGGAAAAGCGGGUGUCAGUAGUUCUGAGAUUGGACGCAGAGCGGCGGCAAAAGGAGGAGCACGGUAGGAAGGCAACGGAGGGAGAUCGGCGACGGAAGGAGGAUGCGCAGAGGAAGGAGGCUGAGGAGGACGAUCGGGAGGAAAGGGAGAAACAACAGGAGAAGGAACACCAGCAAAAUGAGGAGGCGCAGAUGAAGGAGGCAGAGGAAGCAGAGCGGGUGGAAAGGGAGAAACAGCAGGAGAUGGCGCGCCUGUAG